GUGUUAACACAUAUGGUGGUGCCAAGUGUGUGUGUCCAUCUGGCUUUCAAUAUGACACAAAGCAAAAUUGUGUUGGUAUGUUUUAUAUUUUAAAAUAUCAUUUAAUCUUAUUUAAGAUUUAUGUUUCUAAUGAGAUUUCAAGUUGCUAAACUUGUAAAAACUGUCAAUGACUGUAUAAAGUAUUUGAUUUAUUUACAGACAUCAAUGAGUGCUCCAGUGAACACAGUUGUACUCAAAUCUGUACAAAUACUGUUGGUUCCUAUAUUUGUUCGUGCAAUGAGGGUUACAUUUACAACUCCACUACAAACACUUGUCUCGGUGAGAUUCACUUAUUAGGAAGAACUAAACUAAUCCAAGCCAUCCACUGAUAUAUAUUUCAGUUUUCAUGAGAAGAGACCAAUAUAAAAAUAAAGAUUAUGCUGGUGAUAAAAAUAGAAAUGUUAAUUUAAAAAAAAAAAAAAUAAUAAUUAUUUUUUAAAUACUAAAACAGACAUAGAUGAGUGUAGAGAAGGUACACACAAGUGUCAUGAAAAGUGUGACAACACAGAGGGAAGUUAUCGUUGUUCAUGUGAAACAGGUCUUUUCCUUCAGUUAGAUGGUGUGUCUUGUGAAGGUAAGUUGGGUGUUUUUUUUGUGCUGUUUUUAAAAAAAAAAAUAUAUCUAUAAACUUUAUAAUCUUCUUUUAAAUAAGAAAAAAAGAAGAUAAAAGGAAUCAAUGGCAUGUAAUUAAGUAUGAAACUAUGAUAUGGUAAAAGGACAAAUGUAGACAUUAAACAUUUUGUGGUAUCAAUUUUUUUUUUUCAAAUUAGACAAAGCAACUUUUAGAUAAUUGAUACAAAUUUAUCAGCUUUUUUUCAGCAUGAAACUCAAUUUUUAAGAUUAUUUCAUUUCAGUAAUUUGUAGUUUUAAAACAAUCUGAAAUGAUCUAUUUUUCAGUUGACGUACCUUGCAUUAAUACAACAUCAUGCAGUGAGAAGUGUGCUAACAUUAAUGGGAUUGAAACAUGUUUAUGUGGGAAAGGCAAAGUUCUAGCAACGGACAAAACUUCAUGUGAUGGUAAUAUAAUUGACAUUUAUCAUUUAUACUCUAAUAAUUUUUAAACCACCACCAUAUUUUCAAAUUUUAAAUUGUAUCCACUUACUAUAAUAAAACUUGAGCGAGCACAUAUUUAAAAGAAACAAAAAAACAACAACAUUUAAAUGAUGUUUUUCUCAAGAUUUAGAUUUGUGUAAAAAUACUUCCUGUACUGAAGGAUGUGUUGAAACUAAAGGAAACACAAGUUUUGAGUGUUUAUGUAACACUGGUAAAUACUUAGCUGCAGAUGGAACCACUUGUUCAGGUAAUUUAAAAAAAGAAAAUAAAUAACAAAUAUGCAUCAGUCAUUUUCAUAUCUUGUGGAAUGUGGAGGCUGUUAAAUUUAUAGAGUUCAAAGGCUUACUGCUUUAGAGCAGUUUCUGGUAAUUAAAUAAAAGGAUGAAUUUUGGUCCUGAUUACAUUAGAUCUAAAUAAAUCUCCCAUGGGUUUCUCAUAAAAAUAAACUGCCAUGUGCUUCUCUUGUAAAUAAAUCUCCCAUGGGAUUCACAUAUAAAUACAUCUGCCAUGGGCUCUCAUAUUCCCAGUAGAGCUUAUUUUAAAAACUUAGGCUGUAAUCAAUAGGUCCUGGAUAAAUGCAUGAAAUUAUUCUUUACCAUGAGAUUAUAUUGAAAGCUAUUGCUUUAAGAAACUAUUUGAGAACAUAUUUUGAUGUUAAAUGGCAUCUUUAGUGCUCAGAUGUCUUAAAAAAAGACAGAAUAAUGCAAUAUUAAAUUUAAAGAUCCAUGUUUUUAGCACUAAAAAUAUGUAUAUUUAUUGCAUCUGGUCUAAGUACAAGAAAACACUGGGUACUUAUUAAAAAUUAAUUACUAUAAAUUUGUAUAGCUUCAAAUAUAAAGUUAAUAUGUUAAAACAAGAAUUUAUGAGCCAUGUAAUUGUUUAAAAAAAACACACUUUCAGAAUGUGUUAAUGGGAAGUAUGGAUUAAACUGCAGCAAAAUUUGCUCAUGUGAAACGGCCAACACCAAAUCUUGUAAUGUUGUUGAUGGAACGUGUGAAUGUCAAUCAGGCUGGAAGGGAAACAAUUGUACGUUCGAUGAAGAUGAGUGCGGAAAUGGCUCUGCAUCAUGCCAAAUUCAUUCUAGGUGUAUAAAUACACUAGGAUCUUUCACUUGUGUUUGCAAUGAUGGUUUCAUUCUGAGGGAAAGCAUUUGUAAAGGUAGUUCAAUUCAAUUGUAAAUAUAUAUAUAUAUAUAUAUAUAAAAAUAAAUUUAUAUAUAUAUAAAUAUAUUUACAUAAAUAUAUAUAUAUAUACAUAUAUUGUUAUUUCAUUUUAAUGAUGUCCUUUCUAUAGUAAUUAAAAACUGAAAAAUGUAACUGUAAAUAAACUUAUAUAUACAUAUAAAUAUAUAUACAUAAAUAUAUAUAUAUACUGUUAUUUCAUUUUAAUGAUGUCCUUUCUAUAGUAAUUAAAAACUGUAAAAUGAAGUGUAAUAAAAAUGAUUAACAUAAUAAAUAAAGAUACAUGUUUAAAUAAUUAAAAAAUAAAAUAUAUAACAGAAAUAAAUAGACUGUUAUACAAUUUACCAAACAAUAAUAGUAAAAGAUUAAGAAAAUUUAAGGUUUCUUUUGAAAAACAAAAAAAUAUUAUGUGUUUUUUUAUUUUUUUUAAUGCAAAUUAGCUCUCGUCACUAAGACUGGGAUAUAUAUUAUAUAUGUUAAUAAUAUUCUCGACACUGACUGAAGUAGUUGCCACAAUCCUCUAAAUUCAAAAGUACUGAUAACUUGACAUGGUAUGAUGUGCAAUCCACAGAUUGUGAUGAUGACUUUUAUGGAACAAACUGUUCUUCUCAUUGUUCCUGUGGUGCACAUUCCAAAUGUAACAAAACUGAUGGAGCCUGUUAUUGUAAACUGGGUUGGAAGGGAAACAACUGUGACAUUGACAUUGAUGAAUGCCGUGAAAAUAUCCAUAAUUGUAGUUCAUCAUUACUUGAAGUUUGUAGUAACACGGAGGGAGGUUACAAGUGUGUUUGUAAUGCUGGUUACACAAAAUUGUGUGAUUCCUGCGAAUGCAAGGGUAAAAUUGACUUAAAAUAUAUUCAUUAUGUCUAAAUGUUUGCGUUUCUUAUUUGUUUUAAGUGUAUUAGGAGAUAUCAUAAUGUUUAUCAUACAGAAUUUACUAUUAAUUUUAGGUUGUAUUUAAAAAAAUAAAUAAAUACAUACAUUUCCAAAUAAAAGCUACAAAUUAUAUUAGAAUAGAUAUAUGAUGCGAAAUAAAAUCCUUACAAAGCUAAAAUUACAUGCUCUUCAAAUCAGUUGUAAAGAAGCUCAUCCUUUAACAGAUAUCAACGAGUGUGCAUCUGCGGAGAAUAACAGCUGUUCCUACAAACCUGGAUGUAAUAACACAGAUGGUGGCUACACUUGUUCUUGUCCUGCUGGUUACAAGCUGGAUAAUAAUGGUCGAAAUUGUCAGGGUCGGUUUUAUUUCCUCCAAUUCACGUAAUCCUUUAAGCUUCAUUAUUAAUUGUUUUGUUCUGAUCUGUCAGUAAUUAGUGACAAAAAAGGGACUUAGGUCUAUUGACACUUUUUUUCUAAAACCUUUACUUUUCGUCUUUGUAAACUGAUGAUUAAUAAUAUUGAUUAGUAGCAGAGGUGAUGCCUCUGCAAUAUUUAUACUGUCAAGGAACGUCACGUUGGUAACAUAAGUUAACAACACAAUGCUCUCAUUCAAUGAGCAAAGCCAUCUCACGCACCGCUCACAGGAAAGACAUUCUUUUUUGUGCUACUUUUCCUUUAUUUACAAAACUCGUAGAAGGAAAAACAUAAACAUUCAUCUCCGUAUCAAGACAUUUCCCAUGGUCUGAAGUGUGUUUUUUCACACUACACAUAUAAGGAACCCAUCUAUUAUAAAUUAAUUACACAAAUCCUUCAUAUGUACCGACAUCUCAUCAACUUUUUACACGAUAAUGAUGUCUUUGAGCAGGAAAAAAUGUGUGAAGGACAACUGCAUAUUUCCUUAAACUUAUCACAGUGAGACUCACAUUUGGUCUCAGUUAAGUUGAACUGCACAUGUAAAGCCUUGACAUAUCAUACAAUUUAACAGAACAAUUAUAUUAUUUCUUAUUUGUUUUUAGAGUGUACUGCCAACACAUAUGAAUUAAACUGCAGCCAGAGCUGUACUUGUGUCAUGGCCAACACCAAAGCUUGUGACACAAUAAAUGGACAUUGUCUCUGCCUUAGUGGCUGGAAGGGAGACAGGUGUGAAUCAGAUGUGAAUGAAUGCACGGAGCAAUCGGUUUCAUGUCGACAGAAUUCUCAUUGUGUUAAUACAGCAGGCUCGUUCACAUGCUUGUGUGACAUUGGAUUCUAUGAUGACACCAACGGACAAUGUAAAGGUAACAUCUUACAACACGGUUGGACCAAGUCUUCAUAACUUUCAUGAACUGCUUGAAACAUGCAGGCAUGUAAUGUUGUCAAAUACUCAUUUAAAAAAAAAAUUUCUUAAUAAAUUUUUAGAAUUACUUUCUCAUAUUUUCCAGCGCUUCUAUCGACCCAUAAAGUGGCAGCUAUAAUAACCUUGGAUUAUAACAUUUCAAAUAUUAAUUUGGCUGACCAGAGCUCAGAGAAUUACCAAAGAUUAGCAGAAAAUGUACAAAAUGGGGUACGUUCUGUGCUUUCUGAUAACAUUUAAGAAUUAAAUGUGUUUCCUUACGUUUAAUUAGGCCCAUUGGCUCAUUUAUUUUUUACUUAAUAAAUCACAUCUUAUGGUUUCAGUUGCUAGAGUCUCUAAAAAAGGUUGAACCGUCAGUCAUUUCAUUGACAGUAACAAAAUUAAGGUAACUUUCUUUGCUUAUUUCUUAACUUGAUUACAAUUAUAUUCAUAUUAUUUUUGUGAUAUCCUUUUAAAAUUUAUUCCUUUAUUUCAGUCUGUAUAAAUAAAAUAUCCAUUGCAUAUAUUCUGUAUCAUCGGUUUCUCAAAGUGGGUGGUACCACACUCGGGGGAUGGUGGGGAAGCCAUUGGAGGGAUGCGCUGAAACCUUUGCAGAUCAUAGUUGGCUUUUAAACUAAAUUAGGGAGCUAUCUAUAUCUUUACUUAAAAAUUUUAAAUAUAACAGAAUAAUAACUAUUCUUUUGACUGAAUGAGUCUAUAAAUUCCAAGGAGAGACAUAAUCAUAGCUUUACACACAACACUGCGAGGAACGACUUUUGAUUUAAGUUGAGAGCAGCUAUGAUAAACACCUUCAUAAUUAUACUUAACUAGGAGUCAUGAGCUGAAAUAAUGUGAAAGUAUUAAAUCAAAUUGAAAUAUGAGCCAAAAACUUUCUUCCCAAUACGUUAUGCAGUAGCUUGCAUGCAUUUUAUGAUAUAACAUUGUAGCAUUUUCAUUGCAAAAUCGGGAAACUCGUGAACAACAUCUUAAUGAUUUUCCUAUUUAGUAGACACAAGGCUGGGAAUAUAGGAAAUUAGAUGUACGGCAAACCAAUCUUCAUCAUCAGUGGCAGUGCAGCCCAUGGAGGGCCUUGGCCUGCUCCACCACAUCAUUCCAUUUGGACCGAGCCAUGGCUUUCAGCCUUCAUGUGUUGGGGGACUGGUAUAAGUCCUUCUCAACAUCUUCGAUCCAUCUCAGUCUUGGUUGACCAGUUAGCCAUCUUCUCGUCAGUUUCUGCCUGUAGAUCAAUUUUGCUGCUCUGCGGCAAACCAAAAAGAAUUGAAUGGGGAGGACUGCAGUCAUGCUAAAGCAAAUUGAAAUAUUGCAGCAAGGUUUUGCACACAAAACGGAUGUAUUAACGUUCAAGGCAAUGAAUCUUAUUGCCUUUUUAUCUGCUAAUUUGCAUUUUGUAAAAAUUAAAGUUUGGAUUAUUACAAUUACAAUGGAAAAUAUAAAUGUAAGAAAGGCAAGAGGCAGUAUUUGAUGGCACUUUUUAGAGCAAUGACAAGAAAAUUACAAUAAAUAUCAUAAGCUUAAUAUUGCAACUGAUGGAGCAUGACUGGCUGCAAAUGUUGUUUGUUGCUUAUGGAACUUAUAGUCACAUUUUUUUUUAUUAUUCUUCAUACCAUUCAUCACCAACCUCUGGCUGCUAAGAAACCAUUGCUCUAUUUAUUUAUUAAAUAUUGCUCUAUUUAUUUAAAUUUAAGCACACUCAUUCAGUGACUAUUAUCUGCAGCACUGUGUUAAGAGCGAUCCACAAUCAGCUGCUUCAUUUUGACAGUUUUUGUUUUUGUUGCAUUCUCACAAUUGUAUCUGAUGGAAGGUAGUUUUAUUGUGGCCAACCAGCUUAGAUCCAGACGAAUAAAUAGCAUAAACUCUGAGAAGUGACGGCGCAAAACUUAAACCAUGGAAGAAAAUCAACGUUCCUUUACUAAACCAAUGCAUGCAGUAUAUUACAAAUAAUUGAACAACAGUGAAAGCAUUAUUUUCUAAAAACCUUGAUCAAUAAUUAUCAUACUUUAAAAUGCUGAUGUAUCUCUUGAUCAAAAUAAUUAGAGUUAAAAGGAAUUAAAGAGAAAUUAAAAAAGUUUAAUUUUAAUUUUGAUUUAAUCUGUAGAUAAAUGUACACUUAAAAAUUCAAUUGUUUACUAAUUUACCAUCAAUUAUUCAUGAAAAUUUUUAUUCUGGGCAUGCUUAUAAUGGGAUAAAACAGUAUGGUGGGCGUUGCUUCUGUGGUCCCAAGGGGGGGAUGGCAAAAAAAUUUGAGGACCCCUGAUCUAUAACAAUAUAUUUUUUACGCUACUAUCUGCAAAAAAAUAUCCAUUUAUAUCAAUAUAAUUACAAUUAACAUUUUCUAAUAGAAAACCCUUUAAAUUAAUUGCUGAUACAGCUUUAAGACUUUUCUUCAAUCGUUUUUUUAUAACAAUGUAUAAUAUAUAUCAACAGCAAAGGAAGCCUCAUUGUUGAAACUGAAAUUACCAUGGGAACCAAAAACAGCACAGAGAAAGCAAGUGAAGUGGUUUUAGGCAAAGCUCUGGUUGAAAUGAUGCAAAACGGAAAUGCCAUCAGGAUUGACAGCACACCUGUGGGGAUGUCCGCUCUUACACUUAAUGGAGGGGAAUGUAAGAGCUGAAUUUAAAAUGUGACAGAAGAUUCUUUAAAAAGAAAUAGAUUUGAAAAAUACAUUAUUGUAAAGGAAAAAACAAAUGAAAUUUAAAUUAAUAAUUCAAUCAACAGAAGUGAUCAAAGCCAUUAGCUACCAUCUGCCUUCAUAUAUGGACAGUCAUCUUCUGCAAAUUUGUCUCAACAUUCUCAAUCCAUCUUAGAUGUCAUUGACUAAUGGCUGAUCUGCCCCUUGUCUUAUGGCUGUACACCACCUUUUAUUCUCUUUGGUCAGGAUUCCCCUCAACUUGUCCAGCCCAAUAAAGUUUUCAAUUUCUUUAAUGAAUCUAAAUACACUUCAUUUAACUCUUUGAUGAUAGUUUCAUAACAUCCAUUCUUAUCUUGAACAGUCCAAAUAGGUUUUCUAUUUCAUUUUUCGUGCAUAUAUUUUUUAAAACUUUAAAUUUCUUUUAGGGGAACAUGUCUCACUUGCAAAACUAUUUUACAUUGUUUUAAAUAUAGCUUUUAUUUCUUUAUAUUAGUGAAUGUUCAUCAAUUUUAGAUAGGAAAUAACUGUCAUAGAAAGAAAGAAAAAUAAGUAUAGACAGUGUUAGCUUAUUGAAUGUCCCGAUUCUAUCAGAAUCGGUCUCGGUCUCAUGAGCCAUCUGGGCACCCACACUCAAGUUCAUAAUUAGCAAAAUAUGAUGAUUUAGGUGAUCACGGUCGAUUUCAAUUGACAAAAUGUCCAAAGAUUGAAAAACACAACAAAAACUAAAUAUAUGAUCAGUAUUAUUAUAAAAUAGCAAUACUAUUUAUUGUAAUCGCAUUACUUCAGUUUUUCUAAGAAGCAAGAUCCUGAUUUUGAAAUGCUUUGAAACAUUCCUCCUGGUCAUUUUUGGAGCAAACUGUCUAGCACCAUGAAUGUGUUUACUUAGCCAUUCUUCUAAUGUUUGAAAUGUUAUUUCAGUAUCAAAAAGUGAUGGGGCCUGUGACAUCCAGUCUAAAAUAGAACCAUGCUCAGCUUUCGAUGUUUGUGAAGAGGUUGGAAAAGAAGCUGUUUGCAAGUGA